UCUAAAAAUGUCAUUCCCAUUUACAAUUCUCCUUAUUUUGAUAAUCUCAACAUCUUCAUCUUACUUCAUCUCUCCCGUACACUCCAAAAUCGCUCGACUUGGGGUUUCUCCAAUUCUGCUAAAGAAUGCACCCGGUGAUGGACCAACACAAAAAAAUGCUGAAUCUGAUCUUAAGUUUUUUUACUUUAAUCAGACCCUCGACCAUUUCACAUUCACACCGGAAAGCUACAUGACAUUUCAACAACGAUACGCCGUCGAUGCCAAGCACUGGGCCGGUGCUAAAGUGAACGCACCAAUCUUAGUGUUUCUUGGUAUGGAAUCGUCGUUAGAAACUGAUAUGUCUGCCUACGGCUUUCUUAGAGACAACGCUCCUCAUUUUAAAGCGCUCAACGUCUACAUAGAGCAUAGGUAUUAUGGGAAGACGAUUCCAUUUGGGUCGUUGAAAGAAGCAAUGAAAAACUCGAGUACGUUGGGAUAUUUGAACACAGCUCAAGCCCUAGCAGACUACGCUGCAAUUCUCUUGCAUGUUAAGGAGAAGUACUCCACUAAACACAGCCCUAUCAUUGUCGUCGGUGGAUCCUAUGGUGGAAUGUUAGCAGCAUGGUUUAGGCUAAAAUAUCCGCACAUAGCACACGGGGCAUUAGCAUCUUCAGCUCCUCUUCUCUACUUUGAAGAUACUCUUCCUAAAUUUGGUUAUUAUUAUAUUAUAACCAAAGUUUACAAGGAAACGAAUGAGAAAUGUUACAAUACUAUCCGCGAAUCUUGGGAAGAAAUCGAUAGAGUUGCUGCCAAACCUAACGGCUUAUUGAUCCUUAGCAAAAAGUUUAAAACUUGCACUCCAUUAAAUAAAAGCUUCGAUCUUAAAGACUUCUUGGAUACGAUAUACGUUGAAAGUGUUCAAUACGACGAAGGUUCUUGGGUGACCGACGUAUGCGAUGCAAUUAAUGCCGGUCCACCAAACCGUAAAAUUGAUAUACUAGACCGGAUUUUCGCAGGCGUCGUCGCUUCACACGGCAAUCAAUCUUGCUAUGAUACUAAUUAUUCUGUGUUGGUUGCGAGCGAUGCAAUGGCAUAUAGUUGGCAGUGCUGCAGCGAGAUAGUGAUACCAAUUGGACAUGACAAACAAGAUACCAUGUUCCAAACAUCACCGUUUAAUAUGACUAGUUACAUUGAAGGCUGUAAAUCUCAGUAUGGUGUCAUUCCUAGGCCACAUUGGAUCACAACCUACUUCGGCAUUCAGGAUAUCAAGUUAAUCCUCCGAAGAUUUGGGAGCAAUAUAAUAUUUUCUAAUGGAUUGUCAGAUCCUUACAGCGUUGGCGGAGUUUUGGAGGAUAUUUCAGAUAGUGUUGUCGCCAUUACGACAGAGAAAGGUUCGCAUUGUCGAGAUAUCAAUUCGAAGAAGAAAGAUGAUCCGGAGUGGUUAGUAAUGCAAAGAGAGAAAGAAAUUAAAAUAAUUGAUUCUUGGCUUUUAACGUACCAAAAAGAUCUAAGAGAUCUCAACAUAUCAUCAAUCUAAGUUUCAUUAUAUCAUAAAAACAAUAAUACUGAGAUGCAAUAAUAUAUAAAAGUAAUUGUACUAGAGUUUUGAACCUUGGAUGACUGUGUCCCAAUAUGGUUUAAGAACCGAAAUA